CACACUAAAAUCGCUCAAAUUGUAAACUGAAGUUGGCUGGAUCGCUGGCUACUCUGCUCAAGAGCGGAUAUCACAUGAUUAUUGAUCGAAUAGGGAAGCUAUUUGGCAUCAGCAAUGGGAGAAAGGAAAGGUAAAGGUAAGAAAGACAAGGAGGAGUUGUUAUUGUCCUGGAGCUUCCCUCCCCAGGGCUGGUACAAGCUCAACGUAGAUGGGAGUCGGCGACAUAAACCUCAGUGCAUUGGAGGAGGUGGUGUGAUUCGAAACGAAAACGGAGAAUGGGUUGCAGGAUUUGUAGCCAAUUUCGGAACAGGGAAAGCUAUUGAGGCAGAGCUCAAGGCCCUGCACACAGGCUUGGAACUUGCUUUGAAAUCUCGGGUGGAAUGUCUUGAGGUAGAAACUGACUCGCAGCUGGCUGUAAAUCUUUUAUCGAAUGUAGGCACAUUGUACCAAGAACACCAUCUGAUUGAACUGAUUAAAAGCUGCAAUGCUCUUUUAAACCAAAACUCGAGAUGGACAAUAAGUGGUGUGUAUAGACAGCAGAACUGUGUGGCUGAUUGUCUAGCCGGAUUGGGCCAUACUUUGGAGGAAGGGGUUACGACUUAUUAUGAUUCACCCCCUACUGCCUGUGAACCGAUAUUACUUGAGGAUCAGUCUAUGGUUGCUCGAACCAGGUUGAUUUCUCUUCGUAAAUUGAUGAAUCAGAAUGCUGGUAAUAUAUUGAUUCCAAGGUCGUAUAGGUUUAAGAAUCAUUAUGUUCUUAGCAUGAAGAAUGCGAAAGUUGAGGAAGGGGAUGAUCUUGAACCUGUGACAUUCACAUGGAAAAUUGACAACUUCUCUAAGAUGGAUACCGCCUCCAAGCAUUACUCUGAUAAUUUUGUCAUUGGCAAUUCUAAAUGGCGGAUCCUUCUGUAUCUGAAGGGGAAUGCUGUUGAUUACUUGUCACCAUAUUUGGAUGUCCCGGAUGUUUCAAAAUUGCCUCAGGGGUGGUCUAGAUGUGCACAUUUCAGCUUGACAGUGGUUAAUCAACUUCAACCCAGCAAAUCAAUAACAAAGGAAGCUGUACAUGUAUUCAGUGCUUGUGACAGUGACUGUGGCUUCAAAUUUUUAGUUCCUCUCAGUUGGCUUUCUGACCAUGGUAAUGAGUAUCUUGUAAAUGAUGUAUGUAUUCUUGAAGCCAAGGUCGAACUUCAUAAGGUGAAGGCUAAGAAUUUAAAAGAUAAAAGAACUGUUGGUUCUGCACCUGUGGAGCAGGGCCCUGAUAUCGAUUCUGUAAAGGACCCAGACAGAUUAACUACAUGCAAGGAACUGAAUUGCGAACAGAUGGCUGCCGGUCAUGAUGCACCAAGUUUUGAAAAAAAUAGCACCGAGCCUACUAGCCCUUCAUCAUCAGUUGAGGAUGCACAUUAGGAACUGGGACCUUUAGAUGUGGAUCUGUAUCCUCCUGGCUCAUUGGCAGGAAGCAGCAUACGGAGUUGUUAAAAGGUGCCUGCUUACUGGGAUGCACCAAGUUUCUGAUGAUGAUAUACAUACGGAGCACCCUCAAGUGUAGAUUCUGUAAACGCAUGUAUUUGUCAUACGAAAGUUUGUUUUCUUCAUAAAUCAGUCAGAGAGAUUACAUUGGCGAUUUAAAACUUCA